AAUGUCGCGACGACAAAGCAGUAUCUUCAGUUUGGGAUCUUUAGGUUUAACCUUUAAACUAGACGAGUCUUAUUACGAAGAUAUGACAGAUUCAGAAUUACGACAAACACUCGAAAAUAUCGCGAAGUCAAAUCUAUUUCUGAGGCUAGAAAACGAUGUUUUCGAACGACAUCUUAUGCGUCAAAACCCUGAGAGCCUUCAAGCAAUAACGCAAAUCCUAGAAGCUGCUAAACGUAUGCAAAAAAUCGUGCCUCAGCCCGUUUCUCCGUCACUUGUUACGAGCGGAAGUGUUAUAACUGUACAGGAUAAGGAUACAAUAAGUGUCGCCAGUAUACAAUCCGGAAGUCGACACGUCACGCCAAAAUCUCACAUGCAAAUCGUAUCGAAAUGA